CUUCCCCGCUGACUGGAGGUGGGAGGGAGAGAAGAGACCCAGAGAGGAAGGAGCCGGGUGUGCGGAGCGGAGCCAUGCGAGAAUACAAAGUGGUGGUGCUGGGCUCGGGCGGGGUGGGCAAAUCCGCCCUCACCGUGCAGUUCGUGACCGGCUCCUUCAUCGAGAAGUAUGACCCCACCAUCGAGGAUUUCUACCGCAAGGAGAUCGAGGUGGAUUCCUCCCCCUCGGUGCUGGAGAUCCUGGACACCGCCGGCACCGAGCAGUUCGCCUCCAUGCGGGACCUCUACAUCAAGAACGGGCAAGGUUUCAUCCUGGUCUACAGCCUGGUCAACCAGCAGAGCUUCCAGGACAUCAAGCCCAUGCGGGAUCAGAUCAUCCGGGUGAAGAGGUACGAGAAGGUGCCCAUGAUCCUGGUGGGCAACAAGGUGGACCUGGAGGGCGAGAGGGAGGUCUCGUAUGGGGAAGGCAAAGCUCUGGCCGAGGAGUGGAGCUGCCCCUUCAUGGAAACUUCAGCCAAAAACAAAGCUUCAGUGGACGAACUGUUUGCAGAGAUUGUCAGGCAGAUGAACUACGCUUCCCAGCCCAACGGGGACGAUCAGUGCUGCUCGUCCUGCGUGAUCCUCUGAAAGGGCGUGGGGGGCAAUGUUGUCGUUCGCAAAGGUUUACAACAAAAAGAAGCAGCAAUGUGAUCGCUCGAAACAAAGAUUGGAAACAACUUUGCAUACACAAGGAUUCCAGGCUGCAGCAGCAGCUGCUGCAGUGAUCAGUGUCAUGGGGUGGGUGUAUUGUUGGAAACGUGGCUUUUUCAGCAUGUACAUUUCAUCGAUUUUGAUUGUUGCAUAUUUCCCGUAAGUACCAUUUACAGAUUGCUGUAUUGGCAACUGACACCAGUAAGAAAAGUUUCGGCCUGGAGAAAGGGGAGCUUGUGAGCAAUCGUUUUCUAACUGGAAGAGUUAAAUUACACUUAAGGAACUGAGGGGAGCAGUAAACGAAGAAACCAUUGCAGAAAGGGGGAGAGAAAUCUUUCCGUGGACGUGUGGGGGUAAAACUAAGAUUGGUGCUCUCUCUUUAGCCAACCUUGAAUGCACCCUGUGACUAUGAUAUUGAUUCUGAGGAUUUCUAUGCAAAGUUGGAUUAUUGUUACAGUGUAUCCAAUCUGAAGUAUUGCACAUCUGAACUGGGACUUUUAAUAACACUGAUGCCAAUACAGUGUGGGGUGCCAGAACGUGUCUGCUGAUCAUUUGUGAAACUUUCUAUUUUGUUUACCUGCUGUAUCGGAUGGGAGUUUGGGGGAGAGCGGUAGUAUUUUUUUUUUUUAAAUCAGCUGUGAAAAUGUUACAAAUCUGCACAAUAUUUUUUUAGUUGUGUUUUCUUCUUUUCUUCAGGGGGGAGGGAGGUUUGUGGUGGUGGUUUGUUUUCCUUAUUUUUGGGUUGGCAAUAACUGAUUUUGAUUAGCUCUCUAAAGUACAAAGACUUCCUAAAAUGUGAUACAGGGCCAACAGCAACCCUGUGUCUGUAGAGUGCCUUCAAAACUCAGCUGUUCCAGCCGGUGCCAACCUGUGAAAGCUCCACAGAAUCCCAUUAUCUACUACUCCAGAAACUACUUAACAGCUUCCUUUCAGUAAUCACACUGAACAAGCCAGGACAAAAAAGCCUAUUGUUUAGUGGAAUUUAUUUCUUAUUUCCAUUUGAGCCUUUUAAAUGUCAUUUCCAUGUCUUGCAAAUUUGGACUGCAUUUAAUUCAAAUUUACAGGCAUUUAGUUUUUUGGGAGGAUUUCUUUUGUUUUGGUUCUCUGAUGUAGGAUGUACCUCCAGCCAGCAAAGAGAGAAAUCUUAAUGUUGUGAUGUACCAAGAAAAUUCUAACAACUGUAACUUUAAUUCCAGACAUGCGUUUAAUGUCUAUCCGUUUUAAGAAUUUUAAUACAAAUGUUUUGUUUUUUUAAAAAAAAGAACAGCAAAACUGUGGGUUUUUUUUUAAUGUAUUGUAAGGAGAACUGACUUUAAUAUUCAAUCAUGGCAGACAUGUGCUUUUUAAUCAUGAUAUUUGUCUAACCAAAAUAACAGUAUGUUAAGAAUGGGGGAAGGUAACCUAAAAUCAUGAGGCUAGGGAAUGUUUCUAUUGUAUCUACUGGUAAUGUUGGAAACAGUUGAAUAAUUAUAUUUAGGCCCUGAUGCUACAUGAUGCUGUACGUGGGCAGAAUCCUACACUUAUAUAAUGCUUGUUGAAGUAAUUUGGGCUCUAUGCAGAACAGCUUGCAGGAUUAGGAUCUUGUUUUGUAAUUUUAAUAAUAACAUGGUUUAUUGGAGUAUAGGUGUUGAGGGUCAGCUGUUCGUAAACUUCGAGACUUUACUCAUUUACUGAAAAAGAUACAGCUUUUAAAAUUAUGCAUUAAGACUGAUUCCUUAAUAUUUCAAAUGUAACUUGCAAAGGAGGGGAAGAUGGGCUUGUGCCUAUUUCUCCCCCCCACCCUCUUGAUUUUUUUUUUUUUUUUUAAUAAGAAGGCCUGAAAGGCAUUUAUUCCCCCAAAAUUCCCAAAUGUGUUGGGUUUUUUGUUUUAAACUCAUGAUUUGUCUGUCCAGGAAGACUUUAUGGGAACUAAUGAAAUUAUGACAUCACAAGAAACCAAAAGCUGAGCAAUUGAGGAAGUUGGGACUUUUAGUCAAACUGAUUAACACUUAGGGUGCCUAAUUCUUCUUGCUCCUAAUUUAAACCUUGAUCAUGAAUUCACUGUAUCCAAUAGCAGAGAUCCUGUUGACAUCAGUUGUGCAGGAUCAGGGCCUUACACAGGUGUGACUUCAUUGAUUUCAAUCAUUGAAGUGACUGUUGUACUUCAGCUGAAAACUGGGCAUUUUGUUUUUCUCUGAUUUAUAGCAUUUAUUUAAUUCCUAAUACCUAGCAAAAAAAACUUGGGAGAAAUGAUGCCUUAAAGAUUAAACAUCCACCUUCAUCUGAGCUCACAAUAUUUCACUUCUCUUAAACCCCCAAGAAGCUUUCCUGCCAAACUAAUAUUUCUACAGUUAAAAUAAGUUUAAAAAACAAACAAACAAAAAAACCCAGAUGAAGAGAG